UUCUAGAAAGGCUGAUUGGUUUGUUUUAGAGAACUCCGCCUAACUUUGCACAUUUAUUGCGUCAAGUUGAAACAGGCUCUUGACUAGACAGCAUUACACAUUCAUACAUCUACUGCACGCGGGUCAGCGCGGGACAUCGAAUCAAUAACAGAAUGGCAGAUAACGGGAAGACACCAGAGAUGGACACAGAGGCAUCACAGGCUACUCAGGAGCAACAGAGUGUUGUAUCCCAAGUGAGCAACCUGCCGCUGGUGAGUUCAGCAUGUGAUGCGGUGUACAAUGCCUACAGCUCUACGAAAGACAACGUGCCACUCCUAAAAGGAGUAAUGGAGGUUGCAGAGAGUGGGGUGCGCACAUUGGGCGCUGCUGCUUCAACAGGUUCCAAACCCAUACUAGACCGGCUGGAACCUCAGAUUGCAAUGGUAAAUGAAUAUGCUAUUAAAGGGCUGGAGAAGGUGGAAGAAAACCUUCCAAUUUUACAUCAACCAGCAGACAAGCUGGUAUCUGACACAGUGGGCAUGGUGUACCAGUCAGUAACAGGAGCAAAGGAUGCUGUGGUGGGGGCUGUGAUGGGUGGUGUGGAAAAGACUCGUAUGGCUGUGGCUGAUGGCAUAAACACGGUCAUGGGAACCCGUGUAGGCCAGAUGGUCAGUAAUGGUGUAGAUAAGGCCCUCACCCACUCUGAAGACUGGGUGGAUCAGAACCUUCCAAUCAGCGAAAAAGAGCUUGCUGCACUGGCUGAACCAAGACCAGGUGAGGAAGAAGGAUUCAUAGUAACCAGUAGACCCAGCUAUUUUGUCCGCCUGGGUAAACUGUCUGCCAAAGUUCGGGAAAGGGCACUUGAGCAGUCUCUCAUUAGGGCUCGCAAGGCCAGAGACACUACCCAUACAGCUGUGACUCAAAUGACCAGCACUUUGGACCUGCUUGAAAGUGCCCGGGUUACCCUAGCCAGUGCCAAUAAGCAGCUAGGGGGCGCUCCGGAGCAGUUACUACAGAGAUGGAAAGAAUGGAAGGAAGGGCAGCCCAAAGAACUGCAGGAAAAAGCAACAGAGGUAGAUGCAGCAAAAGACAAGGAAGAGGAGCUGGAGUCGAGAGCUCUGUCAAUGGUAAGGGGUUUGAGUGAUCAGCUGAAGUCGGCAUGUUCAGGGGUUGUGUCCAGUGUACAGGGUCUCCCAGGCACUGUGCAGGAACAGCUUCUGAAUGCCCGACAUACAGCUGGAGAACUCCAGGCAUCACUGAGCAACACCAAAACACUCACGCCCGUUCUCUUAGAGCAGACACGGCAGCAGAUCGGCCAGGUACGACAGUCCUUGGAUGGAGUCGUGGAGUACCUUCUCCAUAACACUCCUCUCAAUUGGCUGGUUGGGCCUUUUGCACCUCAGAUAACAGAGAAAGCUGAUUGAAAAUCAACUUAAAUAAAUCUGGUGUUUGAUGAAUUAGGUUAAUAUAUGGUCCUGUUUGUUGUUUCUUGUAACUAUUUCCAUUUUAAAAUUGUAACUAGUGUUAAAUGCAGCCUUUAGACUUACACUAAAUUGUUGAAAAUGUAGUAUAAUGAAUAUUAAAUGGCAAAUUAUAAUUUUAUCAAUGUCAGUAUUCUAAACCAAGCAUUGAAACCACUUGGGGGCAGAGUAUGAACAUUUCCGCAGGUGAUAUACUGCUGUAUAGCAUUCAAACCUUAGUGGUACUGUACUUAAAUACUGAAUACGUGUAUACAUACUUUUUUGAAUAAAAGCAAACCAUACUCCAUA